AUGUAUCGUACAGACUGGUUCAUGUGGCCAAGCGAGGCCCAGAGGAGAGAGGAGAGGAGGGCUGAAGCCAGGUUGGCUUAUGGGAUACAACGACUCGAUGAGGCCAAACGCUACCAUCUGAACACACUGACCCGAGAGCAACACGCAUUACGCCGCCAUCUUAUCACCCUUAAGACAGGUAACCGUUGGAGAGGCUUAAACACUAUGGCAUCACGACCCACCAAUCAUGAUCUCAGCCACCCUGCUGUGUCCUAUAACAAAACCCGAUUACCCAUAAUCCCAGCUGCAGACAGGGAGACAAACAGGCAUAGGUCUGGGAAGCUGCAGUCCAUCUGCUCCCUGCAGGCUCGUGUUCAGGACUUUCUCAGCAGUGGUGAAAACAGGGCUGAUAACACAACAGUGGCUGUAUGUCUGCCAGACCUCAAACUACAGCCCUCAAGCAUGCUUCGUCCAGCCUCUCCAGAGAGAGAGAACAAGCAGGGAGAUAGGGAUGGACAGAAUCAAAAAUGCAUGGCUAAAGGGAGGGAGGGACAGAAGUCAGCGCUGGAAACACACGGAUUUAGUUCAAAAGACAGUCAAAGAGAAAAUGAUCAGACAGUAGGAAGAUAUACAGAAAAAGAAGAGGAGAUGAAUGUAACAAUAUCCUGCUCUACUCCUCUUUCUCCCCUCUCUGACACUCAUACGCCUGAUGGCCAGUUGAGGAUGGUUCACACGCUGCCUAAUUUUGUCCAAGCACUGGCAGAGGCAAGCAAAGCCCGAUACAUACGACAUAGAGGGCAGCCUCUGUGUGACAGAGAGCUGAGCAUCACAGAGAUAUUCUCAAGCAACUCCAGAGAUGCACAUACCACUCACUAA